AUUAAUCCAAGCCAUUGGUCAAGGACUCCUUUCUCUAUCUCUCUCUCUCUCCCUUUUUUCAAACUAAGUUAUCAAAACUCUCCCACUGUCAGUGUCGGUGAGCCUUUGACAGCCAUAUAUAUAUAGUUAAAAGUUAGAACUUCCCCACCACCACCACUAUCAUCAUCAUCACCACCACCACCACCAUCAAUAUUCCACCAUUUUUUUAGUGUUCCCAACUGUUUUGCCCUAAUACUAUUUUUUUCUAUCAAUACAGUACGAAAUAACUCCGUUCAGUAAUAUUUAGCUUCUGCAAUUUCUCUCAUCUAUUUUAAUGAGUUCAAACUACUCUUAAAAUUGUGGGUUCAGAUCUAAUGCGUGUUGAGACUUUAGUAGGUUUUACAUAUUUAUAUCCAUACUAGUGUUGGGCUUCUUUUCCUUCCCCUGUUUUUGAGAGUAACACAAACGGCAACUACCACUGAUCUGACGGCUGAGCUCAGGUUAUGUGGUUUUGAAGAAAUUCCCAAUUGCGUCCACAAAUAUGCACGGCCUAAGCCGGCUAGGGAAUGGCGUGUCUCCGCCAUCGUCCCCUCGUUUGCGUCAUGGGCGGAAUAAUAAGAACAGUGCUGCCUUUGGAGUUGGAGGUGGAGGAGGUAUUUCCCUAAAACUGCAGGAAAAGUUGGGUUUUAUGAUAGUAUCUGCUGUAUAUAGGCGAAGAGGAGUUUUACUUUUUGCUCCUUUAUUGUAUAUAUCUGGAAUGUUGUUAUAUAUGGGUACUUUAGGCUUUUUUGAUGCAUCUGCUGCUACAACUGAGGUGUCUCCACCUGGAUCACUUUACCGUAGCCCACAGGUUUUUGAUAAGCUCUGGCCUUUCAUGGAUUCCUACAACAAUGGAUCCUCCAAUUUGUUAACAAAUGUGUGGAAUCCCAAGUUGCAUCAAGUUUGGAAGCCUUGUUCUGUUUCUCAAGAAGGUUUCACUGCUCAGUUGCCAAAGUCGAAUGGGUACCUCAUAAUCGAAGCGAAUGGUGGACUGAACCAACAAAGGUUAUCGAUAUGUGAUGCUGUAGCAGUUGCAGGAUUACUGAAUGCUACUCUUGUGAUUCCAAUUUUUCAUUUAAACAGUGUUUGGCGAGAUUCUAGCAAGUUUGGCGACAUAUUUGAUGAGGACUUCUUCAUAUAUGCACUAAGAAAUCAUGUGAAAGUGGUCAGUCAACUCCCUGAAGAUGUACUGCUUCAGUUUGAUAAUAAUAUAAGUAGCAUUGUUAACUUGAGAGUAAAGGCAUGGUCUAGUCCAACCUAUUAUCUUCAAAAGGUCCUGCCUAAGCUGAAGGAGUUGGGGGCUGUUCGCAUUGCGCCUUUUUCUAACAGAUUGGCCCACUCGGUUCCUCCAAAUAUACAAGGGCUGCGUUGUUUGUGCAAUUUCGAAGCGCUUAGGUUUUCAGAGCCCAUACGGAUGCUUGCAGCAAAGAUGGUUGAUCGAAUGAUAAAAAGGAGCUCGAAAACGAGUGGGAGAUAUGUUUCGGUGCACCUCCGCUUUGAAGAGGAUAUGGUUGCAUUUUCGUGCUGUAUAUAUGAUGGUGGGGAAGAAGAAAAACAUGAGAUGGAUAUUGCCCGUGAAAGAAGUUGGAGAGGAAAAUUCAGGCGAAGGGGAAGAGUUAUAAGGCCAGGUGCAAACCGAAUCGAUGGGAAGUGCCCGCUAACUCCACUUGAGGUAGGCAUGAUGCUUAGAGGCAUGGGGUUCGACAAUAACACCUCACUUUAUGUUGCUGCGGGGAAAAUUUACAAAGCUGAGAAAUAUAUGACCCCACUCAAACAGAUAUUCCCGCGUCUGGAAUCAAAAGAUACAUUAACUUCCAGAGAAGAACUUGCUCCAUUCGAGGGACACUCAUCUAGGUUGGCAGCACUUGAUUAUACAGUUUGUCUUUAUAGUGAAGCCUUUGUCACAACUCAGGGUGGCAACUUUCCGCACUUCUUAGUGGGUCACAGAAGAUAUCUGAAUGAAGGACAUGCAAAGACAAUCAAACCAGAUAAAAGGAAAUUGGCUCUUUUGUUUGACAGCCCGAAUAUCAGAUGGAACGACUUCAAACGCCAAUUGCAAGACAUGCUUCAUCAUAGUGAUUUAAAAGGGGUUGAGUUAAAGAAAUCUAGUAGUUCCCUCUACACAUUCCCAAUGCCAGAUUGCAUGUGUAAGCAAGCAGAUGUUAAGAGUGCAAGUGGUAACAAGACAAGACUGCUAUGAUACUUUAGGAUAGACAAAUAGCUAUAAAAAAGGUUAUAUAUAUAUUUGCAAAGGGAAUACCCAGUAGCUAUAGUAAAGGUUCUAUACUUGUAAUUUUUGUGCCUUUCAGUAAUCCAUUCUUUUGGACCUGAGUGCAGUGUCCUAUAAUUCAUUAGAUAUUUCGGAAGUCUAUUGGCUGUGUUGUUUAUACUGAAAUUCUCAAGUUCAUUGUAAA